AAAAAUAAUGUUUGUGAAUAAUCGUCAUUUUGGUAUAAAUCAGCUUCGUUGCGUCAAAGAUUGUAGAGGCGUUUUGAAAAUGGUAAAUAGAAGUCAUUCAUAUUUCUACCUUUUCGUAUUUCGAAGUUUGUUUGAUGUCAAUAAAUACUACGGUAUAACAUCAAAAUGGCAGCCAUGAAAUUUGUAAACAGCCUUAGCCAAAAAAGUAGGAAAUCCUGGUGAUCUUACAACCAGAUAUCAGCGGGAAGAAAAGUCGUAGAUCUGGCAAUGAGAUAAACAUAACAAAAAUUCUGACAUCGCUGGCAGACACAAUACUAGGUUCGUGAAAUAAUUGAAUUGACAACAAUGUUAAAGUCAUAUUGAGAGUGUAUACAAUGUUUCAUUCUAGCAUUAAUUAUUUGGUUUUUAGUGAGUUGCAAUGCAAUUCAAAACCAAUAAUAAGGCCAAAAUCUUGCUAAGUUGGUAGUCUGGUCAAAAGGUUUUAACAAAUCGUAUUAAAACAAUUUAAGAACUGUUCUAUUACUUGUCACCAACCAACAACAAACCCGAUUAUGUGAAAGUCGAAUUCUAUGAGCGUCUAGAGCAGACCUACGAUGAGUGCCCCCAGGUCGGAAGGAAAGAAUUCUUUCGCCCAGCUAUUGGUAGGAAGAGUCUCCACUCAUCUGCCAACGACAACAACUUUUGGUUUAUAAAUCUCACCGCAGCCAGAGGAAUGGCGAUCUGUAGCAUCUAUUUUGCGCGUAUGGAUAUCCGUGAACACACCUGGAAACACCCAAAUAGUGGAACAUGCUCCCAAAUCGACAAUGUUUUGAUAUUUGAUGACGACAUUUUUUCAAUGUCAUCGAUGUGCAACUGAAAAAAUGCACCGGCGUAAGAAACCUUAGCACAAUGAGAGAAGCUUGCAGAGGCGGAGAACUCUUUUUCUAGGAACGACGCUCGGAGGUUUUAUAAGACGGUCAACAGCAUGAGUAGAAUGGGUACAUCCGUACCAGUUAUGAUCAACGGCCAAGACGGAAAUCUGUUGACCCACGCUAGACGAAACACGGAAAGCGGUUAGACAGCUUAAAAAUGGAAAGAACGCUGGAAAGGGCGGGCUCCCGGUCGAACUUCUUAAAGUUGAAAGCGAGCGGCUAUACUACGCACUCCACCAAGUGAUCGAAAGGCCGUGUGUACCUUUCAAAGAUUUUCCUCUCCGCUCAAUUUCUUCGGAUAAGGCUGACCUAAUUGUAACGAGCUUAGGCUCGUUUGAAGGCUACCAUUGCUUAGGGAAUCAAGGUCAAAGAUCAAUUAGCUAUCACUUCAAAGGUAACUAGGAAGAUCGAAUCGAAAAAUCAAAACGUCGCUAUUCAGAGAGAAGGGUGAUAAUCGUAUAACAGACGCAACCCAAAAAUUUCUAUUCAUUUCACUUUUUUUCUGAAUACUGAUACUUUCGGUUUCAAGGAUGUUGUCGGCUACGGAAGCAUGAGCGGUGUAGCUCGGCUUUAUUGAACUAACCAAAUCACUCGGAAUGAAUGUGUGUUGAAAGUCAGUCCCAGUUUGCGUCAGAAACUAUCCUAAUGAAAAAGGCGGUUGGGUGAAUACAAAUAAAUCUGACAUGAUUCUUUCACACUUCCUAAUAUAGAUAAUUGUUGAUUGUGUGAUCCAAAACCAAAAAAAAGGAGGAUUCUUCCGAAAAUUUUUAUGACAGUAAUUUGUCACGAUGUUUCCGUUUGUUCAAUAAUACAAAUAGAUAUCAGCAAUAAAAGUAAACUCGGAGGAGAAGCAAAUCGAUUUGAAAGUGAUUGCUACUACAUUUUCUAGUGUUAACUACGAUUAAGCAUUGAGCUUCUUCCGAAAUGUGGAAUAUAUGGUUAGGUUAGUUCUUUACAAACGAAUUUUUUUUAAACAGAAACCAGUGUCACAUUUGUAUCCAAAGUACUAUAAUGUUUAGCGAUCGAGUACCAUUUGGCUACUUCAAAAAAUGGUUUUGAACCAAGUAUAAUGCUCCAUUCUGAAUAGUUUUCGCACAAUGAAUUACGAUUGAAAUUACCACCCCAAUGUAAAAACUUUUUCUUUAACUUCUGCUAUGAUUUCCAAAAGACUUUGCCCCUUUUCAUCAGAAAUGGUUCAAAGCAUGAACUAAUUUACCGCGCGAGCAGCGCCUCUGCAUUUCAUUUCGAAAUCAAUGCAAAUUGACAACCAACAUAUUCUACAACUACAAUUUAAUAACACUGAAAAAAUGAGAGUAAAAUAUACAACAAACAAUAUCGUAGUAGUUUUUACCUUUUUUAUAAAUAUAAAAAAUAGGUAUAGCAUUCGCUCAAACUUUAGAAAAAUUCUCCGAGGCCCGGAGGGCCGAGUGUCAUAUACCAAUCGAUUCUGCUCGACGAACUGAGCAAAUGUCCGUCUGUGUGUCUCUGUAUGUGUGUUAUCGGUUAUCGCUGAAACUGAAGCUUAUUUUGAAGCGAAAGAUAAAUUCUUUUAUAAACAUGGUAUUGAAAAUAUGGAAAAACGUAGGAACCAUUGUAUCACCCUAAAAGGUGAUUAUGUUUAUGAAUAAAAAAAAAUUUUGCAAAAAAAAUGUUGUUUCCAUUGUUAGUCUCGGGACUUAUUGAUCCAUAUGUUACAUGUUUUAUGUCAAAACUUUCAGUUUUUCACAAUAUCUGUCACAAUUGUCCUUGAAAACAGACUAUGUUUUUAGACUUAUAUUCCGCACGGUAAUAGCUAUCCAACAAGCCAUAGAUUGUUAAAAUCCAUCCAUUUUUAACAGAAAUAUCGAUAUUUUUGUGUAAGCCUCUAUUCCAGCAGUAAGAGUUUUGAGCGCUGUAUGACAAUGCAAUGCUUGGAAGCAACGUGAAACACGAUUUUUUUAUACUGUAACAUACAAUUGUUUCUAAGUACCUAGCAGACUGUGUACAGCAUCUUUCUUCAUGACUUUUUGAAUCGGACCGAUUUAGCAUGGUUCGUUUUUGGCAACAUAAUCGUUGACAUGUAAAACAGAUGAUGGCAGCAUUUCCAAGUUAAAAGUAAUUCCACAAUUAUAUUUAUUUGAACUACUUAAAGCAAUAAAUGCUAGAAGAACAUAAUAUCCAUAUACCAUUCGAAUCAGUUCGUCGAGAUCAGAAAAUACGUGUGUAACAAAAAAUUUCAGUCAAUUUUCUCGGAGAUGGUUGAACCGUUUUCUACAAACUCAGAUUAAUAUGAAAAGUCGUACACUCCCAAACAAGGUUCCUGAAUUAUGUUUGUAUCCGACUUCUGAUUGCGGAACCACAGGAUUAUAUGUGAAACAAAAUUAAAAUAAUGCAUCUCAUUUUUCUCGUAGGUGGCUGAACCGAUCUAAGAUUCAAAUGAAAUCUAUGAACCAUCUAAGAUUCAAAUGAAAACUCUUAAGAUCCUAUAAAACAUCUUGCUUUUUAGUCAGAUCCAACUUCCGGUUGGGGGAUACAGGGUGAUUAGUAUAAAAAUGUCUAUUUCACAUAAAUUAAUCAGGUUUAUCGGGUUUGCAGAUUUAGAUAGUCGAUAACCUAAUUUCAGUUUUAGUGGUAGUUCAAUCGUUUUCUCAAAAAAGGCCAAAUCUAAUUUCAAAAGCAAAAAUUCAAAUUAAAGAAUUUAUGGUCCCAUGAAUUUUAUCCAAUUCUGACUUCCGAUUCUGGAAUUACAGAGUGAUAAGUUUUUAAAAUUCAAACCAAUACAGAAGAUUACCAUCCCAAAAAAGCUUCAAAGUUGGACUCAAAACUUUUGCAAUUCAUUGAUAAAAAGAUUCAUCUCACUGCUAGGUGGAUUAAGCACGUUUUUUUGUAGAUUUACUCUGAAUAAUUCUUUGGGAAUGUUUCAAUGGUUCUAAACAGAACCGAUUUGCGGAAUUUAUCCGAUGUUUACAACUUUUAAGUGCUUUUUAUCAUCAUUUAUUCAUCUGGACCAGGAUUCAAGAACAGAAACUGAAUUUAACUAUGGAACAGACUCAGCAUACAGUUGUGAAACUUUGGUUCGGAAUCCAGAAUUUAGUCCAUGAAUUUACUUCUAGAAUUAUGGAACUAUUGCAAGGGGAGGACGCUUAGAACAAUGUGCCAAUCACACAUUAACACAAUGCGUUGGCGCAUUUAUCAAUAUUGGCACUUUCGUUUUCAUACAGUUGCACAGUUGCGGCACACAAAGGGCUCAGUUUUGACAAGUAACUGUUUCAUGGGGAACAGCGUGGCACACUUAGACUCACAGUAUAUCACGUGUUUUUUUAGAGGCACAAUAUAGUUCGUGUUAAGCGACUCUCCCCUUGAACUAUUGUCAUUUUUAGAAUCCAGAUGUUCUAGAGCUUAGUUCUGAACUUAAAUUCGAACCUAAUUGAAGAAAAUUAUGAAAUUAAAUUAUUAAACUGAACUCAAUUCUGGAGUCAAUUCCAAGUUUUCCAUCCCUUAAGCAUUGAUUUCAAUUCAAUCGUAAACUCGCAAACUUGUUAUAUUAUAAAUUUUGGGAUACGAUUUGAAAUACUAGAUGGAAAAUGUUUAUCGCCGUUGAGACAAUAAUUAAAGUUUGUGGUAAGUUUUUACUAUCCUUGAAAUAUAAGCGCAGUUCUUUUUAAUGAUUCAGUCUCACAUCCCCGGUAACCAUGAAGUAGGGACAAAUGCCUGAUCGUGACAGCAUAAAAUCGCUAAAUGACAAUUUAGUCGCUCCUGAGACAGUAUUAAUGUUGCUCAAGUCAACUGCGCAGACUAGAACGAACGAAAUAUAUCAAGGACUAACCUUCUAUUCCUACCGAGUAGGUAACGCAGAAAUGAAAUGUCGCUUACUACUGAUAUCAUACAUUUAGGAAAAGUUUAAUUCUGAAUUAUUUGUGGUUAUGUCACACAGUCGAGAAUUUUAUCAAAAAUUGCUAAUCAUAGUUCUGAUAGCAUGUAGAAAAACCUGUUUUAAUCCACACACCUAGAAAUAAUCGUGUAAAUUUACGUCUUCUGAGACCGACAUAUAUGAGCGUCAAAAAAGACUCAAUUUUACAGUAAAUCUAACUUAAAUUUAAUGCAUUCUGACAUAUUUUUAAAUUCUAAAACAUGUAAAUUUACAUGUUUGUUUGAAAGGCCGAUCAUGUUUGACGUAUAUUUAUAUCAUUCUUGUAAAAUUCAUUCGUUUUACGGAUUACGUUGUUAUGAAUUGUGUCAUAUGUGGAUUUGUGUCUGCUGUAAAUUUCAUAAUUUUUUGCUGUGCACCUAGUGGUGUAAUGAUGCCUUUCUCAUAUCAAUCAUACUAUCAUAUAUAAUACUGUGGUAUUCUUCAAAAUAAUUUUCUUCGAUUCCUUAAAACAAUAACCGAAAUCGGUUUGUUUGACCGUCUGCUGAUAAAAAACUAUGAAUUGGAGAAGAUUUGAGGUCGAUUUAGAAAACUUUUUACGGUUUUCGUCCUUUUCAGUGAUGGUAUACAAUUUUUAACACACUUUACCCUAUAUUUCCGGAUCCGGAAGUCGGAUCCAGAUGAAAUUCAGGAAUUACGUAUGGGACCACAGGACCUUUCAUUUGAACCUAAGUUUAUGGAAAUCGGUCGCGCCAUCUAUGAGAAAAGCUAGAAAACAUAAUUUCAUUUUUUUUGUGCAUUUUACCCCAUAACUCCGGAACCGGAACUCGGAUUCAAAUAAUAUUCAGGAAUUUCGUAUGGGACUACAAGACCUUUCGUUUGAACCCAAGUUUCUGAAAAUCGGUUCAUCCAUCUCUGAGAAAAGUUAGUGCACUUAUUUUCACAAUUUUUUGCUCAUUUUACCCCAUAAUUCCCGAACCGGAAGUCGGGUUCUAAUAAUAUUCAGGAAUUUUGUAUGGGACCACAAGACCUUUCAUUUGAAUCUAAGUUUGUGAAAAUCGGUUCAGCCAUCUCCGAGAAAAGUUAGUGCAAAAAAACGUUACAUACACACAUACGCACAUACACACACACACAUACACACACACACAUACACACACACAGACAUUUUGCGUACUCGACGAACUGAGUCGAAUGGUAUAUGACACUAGGCCCUCCGGGCCUCGGUUCAAAAGUCGGUUUUCACAGUGAUUGCAUAACCUUUCUAUAUGAGAAAGGCAAAAAUAAUGUUAAUACGUUAAAUACAAUAAUAGAUAUUCACGAUCAAAAAUGUAUCACUCUCUCAAAGGGUAAAUUUUGAAAUGGCACCUCAUAGUAAAGUAAGACGUAUUCACGUCAAAAGAAAGACAUACACUUUGAAAAACUUUGAUUCUAUCGUUUAUUUAUCCCCGAUUUUAAAAAACUUCUUUAUUCAGUAUCAUCCGUAAAAUUUCCUCUAAUUUAAUGCAAAUUGAUACUGGAACUGAGCUCUGGACCUGAACCAACCGGAAUGAUGCACUUGCUUUUCUUCCUGCUCAGUCAACUCAGUCAGUCAACAGUCAACAACAUCACGCUAUACCCGUCGUGAUUAUAACAUACAACUGAAAAUGUUAUCAUAAAUGGAUGAUUAUAUUGCCGAUGACAUGUAUCAAAAAUUAUGUUGAUACGUUAGAUAGGCCCCAUAGUAAAGUUCACAACAAAACUCAUUUUGCAGUCUAUCAACUGUAUGUGACGCCAUAACUGAUUGAGAGUUACAUGCUUGCCACGUAAUUUUCACUUGCAACUUCCUCACGGAUAACUAGGACGACUGUAUGAACUUUCUAUGUCCCAUUUAUCUGAUCAGCAGAUAUGUGCUUCAGUGGUUCAAGGGAUACACGGACGCUCGUUGUGAUCUAAUGAUGCUUGGUCCCAUUCGUUUCCAGUCAUUUUUGUUUUUUGUUUAAUUGAUUUUCUAGUUUCAUAAUUUUCAAAUCACACAUGGGAUGCUAUUGUUCCUGAUGGAUGGAUGGAUGUCUUUUGUUACAGCUGAUACAAUAGAAUUUUACUGGUUUCUUUCCCAACUGUGCAGUACCUUAAUUUUCAUCCAUUAUAAAAAUCGUCACACGAAAAUUUUUCAACUCUUUGUAUAGACGCCAAACCAAAAUUAAUCGUACGAUAUGUGUCAAAAUUUGACAGAAUGUGUAUAAAAGUGUUGCCAACGUUGAAAGAAUAAAAGUUUACCGAUUGGACAAGCGCGGGAAUUUUAAAAUGAAAAUUCCGGUUCUUUUUUUAUCGUAAGAUAGCUCGAUACCAGGAUCAACGUUGAAAUGUAAAACCAUUUUGUUACUGCCUAGUGUUCGAUGAGUUAGCAAAGUAAAUAAUUUCCUGAACGGAACGAGUGACAAAUUCCCGAAGCAGUAUGUCCUAUCUGUGAUCCCGUAAUCUGUUGAGCAUAGCAGAAAAUCGAUAAUUUCCGAUUUCCCUGUGGGGCAGUAGAAUAAGCUAUAUCGAGAUGUACUCUUGUCACUCCGAUACGGAUGGUGUAAGCUGUUUGACCGGUUCCUGCCGAUUCCAUCCAUCUGUCCUAUGUUGAGUGUGAGGCAAACUACCGAAGACGAUCGACGGAAGCUUCGGUAUGAGCUUUUGUGGUUGGAUGAAAAUUUUCAAACGGAAGAAUGCCGUUAACAAUGCGGAGGCAGACGACCGUGACUCGGAUCAGUACAACCGGAAUAAACUCGAACAGCAGGACACGGGAAGUGGAAGUAAGAAGUAUGAUAAAUAUAGUGCUGGCAAGUCAAGAAUUGAAGUAAAAAAUCUAGGAAAUGCUGAUACCAAAAGCCAAUCGAAUGUGAAAAGUGAGGAAAAUACCAGUGAAAGCAAAUCCAAUUUGGAAAUGGAAACAGAUGCCAACGAUGGAAAUCCAAGGAAUAAAACCGCCCUAUUGCCGGGCCACUCGUUGAUGGACUGGAUUCGACUUGGAAAUUCCGGUGUCGACCUGGCAGGAUCAGGUGGCAAAGUGAAACCCGUAAGUCAUGCCGAACUGGCUCAACAUUCCACCCAAGACGAUGCCUGGCUAGCGAUUCGAGGGAAAGUUUACAAUGUGACACGUUAUCUUAAGUUCCAUCCCGGCGGAGUCGACGAACUGAUGCGAGGUGUCGGCAAGGAUGCUACCAAACUAUUUGACGAAGUCCACGCUUGGGUAAACUACGAAUCACUUCUGGCAAAAUGCUUCGUUGGUCCGCUACGCAGUACCGCAACAGUCCAUUUAGGUUCAGAUUUGUCUAAAGCGAAUAAUUCACUUCCACCACCGAAUGCAUCUUUCCUGAAACCAUUGACACCAAUAAGUCCCGUAUCGCCAACAACCGGCGAUAACGCAGUGACUCCCCUUGAUGUCCCGAAAGCAACCUCUACCAUCUCGAUAGUCAGUGGUUCAAGUGAUGAAAGCAACAGCAAAUUGCUUCCUGUAGUGCCUCGGUUCGACUGGAUUCAGAAAACGGCCGAAGUGUCGUUCGUCUUCUACACCAAGACGCUAUGCAAUUCGGCUGUCGUGAUUGAGUUUAUGAAUAAUCUAGAAUUCAGCGUACGAAUAUUUAUCGAAGGAAAUGUACUGCAUCGAUACAAAUUUCAAGCGGCGAAUAAUUUGCAGUGGCCUUGCAAUGUGCGACAAUCACAAGAAGCAGGAAAGAUUGAACUUAUGUUCAACAAGAUGGACCCUGAACUCUGGACAACCUAUGGCCAGAUGGAGUACGAACGGAAGGAAAACUAUGAGAUAGAGCUGUAUGAGUACGAUGUUGCGACAAGAAUCGAAAUCGCUCAUGAUUCCUGUGCUUUGUUACUACGACCGAUAAACAGCUUGGUUAUUCAGGUAGUUCCGAUCGGGCACCAUGUAUCCGUUACCGGUACCGUAAACGGAGAAUUUAUAUCUCGCAAUUACACACCUGUACCUGCCAAUGCAGUCCCUAUGGAAUGUCCGAUAACGUGUAUCCCGUUGCUUGUGAAGACCUACCAAACGGGAGGAUUGUCCCAGCUACUGACUCAACCGGUGCCCUUGGCUACGUCCCUUCAGUUAUCGCAACCAAGUGGGAACUUUAUUCUAGGAAAGCUGAAGCAUCACAACCGCGUUGCCUUACUAGCCGCCGGAAGUGGCAUAACACCAAUGCUCGCCUUACUCAACUAUUUGCUGGAAAGAAGCAGCAACCGAAUGGAAUCCAUCAGCCUGCUGUAUUUCAACAAAACCGAGGCGGAUAUCUGGUGUCGAGAGAUGUUAGAUAAUUUAUGCGCAAAGGACAAAAGAUUAACGGUGCGUCACCUUCUCUCGGCGCCACUGACGAGCCCUGAUGGAUCUCCCGAUGCACCAGCGUCCACCCUCGCCCCCGAUAGCGACCACUCGGGUGCAAUUGCUGCACCAUCGUCCAAUGACACUAGCCAACCUACCAGUAGUAACGUCUCGGUGAGACCGGAAUCGGGACGAAUAUCCCUAGAAAUCGCUCAACAACUAACCAACGUGGACUGUCCACUGUACGCAACGUACGUCUGUCUAUGUGGGCCAAAGCCAUUUAACGAGCUUAGCUGUCAUUAUCUGGACCAGGCUGGUCACAACAUGACACAUCUACACUGCUUUCAAGGCUAGUUAGACCGACGGGACGGCGUUGAUGUGAUUUUGCACGAGGAAUGAAGAGAAAUAAAAGUUAAAGUUUGUAAAUUUCGUCCUAAAUGUCCUAAAUUUCGGGACGAAUAAAAUGCAUCUGAUGCCCGAUUUUUUUGUUUUGUAUUAAUUAGUUCUAAAAAUUACUUACACAUCUUCAAUGUUUAGGCAUUUUUCCUAUAAUUUCAAACUCUAUUGAAAAAAAUGUUAGCCAUAGUUUUAAACCAAAAUUCGUUAUUGUUUUACGAUUUGAGUUUCCGCUACUUAAAUUUUAAGAAUCUUUGGAUUCGUAAAGCAGAAAAAACUACUUGUUAAUAAAGUAACUGAUUUAUACUGUGGUUAUUGAA